AUGUCCCCGCAAGGUGGCAGCAACAACCGCAGUAGCGGCGGCGGCAACACAUCUACACCCGCUUCCUCAGCCAUAGCCGCGAGCCAGGCUCCCGCCGCUUCUCCUGCUCCCUCCCCCCCUCCAUACUCUUCAAAGUCCAAAGUACCGCCCCAACGAUGGGUGAAGCGGUACCGGACCGAAGUCAGCGCCAGCUUGUCCAGCGCCAUCAGCACGGCCUGUGCCUUUCCACUCGACAGCGUUAAGACGCGCAUGCAGACUUACAAAUACGAUGGCUUUACCGACUGUUUAAGGCACACAUACGCCAAUGAAGGCUUGCGGGGGUUCUUCCGAGGUGUAACGGCACCUCUGGCAAGCGUCACGAUUGUACGGACGAUAUCGUUUUCCAUCUACCAGCGCGCCAAAUACAUAUACUCGGACUGGUUGAGCAAAAACUUUGGGUUUGACGUCCUCAAGCAUGUCAAUACGCACGGCACCUACCCAAACCUCUGGUCGGUUGCCUGUUUUGGUGCGGCCGGUGCCACGGCAGGAUCCUGCAUCACGGUCAUUGCCUACCCAAUCGACUCGGCCAAGAGCAUAUACCAACGAAAUGCCCUGCUGUAUUCGAAAGGCCAAAAGGUGAAGCCGGUCAAGAUCCACUUCUUCCAGCGCCAGAUGUACCGAGGCCUCGGCGUGUCCAUGACGCGGUCCUGUGUCCUGAACGCCAUCUUCUUUUCGUCCUUUGAGUUUUGGAAAAAGCGCAUCGACAAGCUCGAGGACAAGCCGGGGUGGUAA